GCAGCGGCGGUGGCGGCGGGAGAAGAGAUUUAAUUUAGUUGAUUUUCUGUGGUUGUUGGUUGUUCGCAGUCUCAAGGUGAUGGAAGCUGCACAUUUUUUCCAAGGGACCGAGAAGCUGCUGGAGGUUUGGUUCUCCCAGCAGCAACCUGACGCAAACCAAGGGUCUGGAGAUCUUCGCACUAUUCCAAGAUCUGAGUGGGAUGUACUUUUGAAGGAUGUGCAAUGUUCAAUCAUAAGUGACAAAACUGACAAGCAGGAAGCUUAUGUACUCAGUGAAAGUAGCAUGUUUGUCUCCAAGAGACGUUUCAUCUUGAAGACAUGUGGUACCACCCUCUUGCUGAAAGCACUGGUUCCCCUGUUGAAGCUUGCUAGGGAUUACAGUGGGUUUGACUCAAUUCACUUCUUUUAUUCUCUUAAGAAUUUCAUGAAGCCUUCUCAUCAAGGAUACCCACACAGGAAUUUCCAGGAAGAAAUAGAAUUUCUUAAUGCAGUUUUCCCAAAUGGAGCAGCAUAUUGUAUGGGACGUAUGAAUUCUGACUGUUGGUAUUUGUAUACUCUGGAUUUUCCAGAGAGUCGGGUAAUAAGUCAGCCAGAUCAAACGCUGGAAAUUUUUAUGAGUGAGCUUGACCCAGCAGUUAUGGACCAAUUCUACAUGAAAGAUGGUGUUACUGCAAAGGAUGUCACUCGUGAGAGUGGAAUUUGUGACCUGAUACCAGUUUCUGUCAUUGACACCACACUGUUCAAUCCUGGUGGGUAUUCAAUGAAUGGAAUGAAAUCGGAUGGAACUUAUUGGACUAUUCACAUCACUCCAGAACCAGAAUUUUCUUAUGUUAGCUUUGAAACAAACUUAAGUCAGACCUCUUAUGAUGACCUGAUCAGGAAAGUUGUGGAAGUCUUCAAGCCAGGAAAAUUUGUGACCACUUUGUUUGUUAAUCAGAGUUCUAAAUGUCACACAGUGCUUUCUUCACCCCAGAAGAUUGAAGGUUUUAAACAUCUUGAUUGCCAGAGUGCUAUGUUCAAUAAUUACAAUUUUGUUUUUACCAGUUUUGCCAAGAAGCAGCAACAACAGCAGAGUUGAUCAAGGAAAAUGAAGAAAAAAUGCAAAAAGAGAACACACAUAGAAGGUGGUGGCUGCUUUAUAGAUAUUGAUUCUGGGGGCCAUGCUUUGCAUAACCACUACCUUGUAGUUGCAGAAAGCCCUAGAUGUAAUGAUAGUGUAAUCAUUUUGAAGUGUAUGCAUUAUUAUAUCAAGGAGUUAGAUAUCUUGCAUGA